CACAUCUUGCUAUUUUGUGUGUUCAUAUAUAUUCAAACCAUUUAUUUGCUGAUCUACUCUGUAAGCGCUAGUCUGAAAAAAGGUGUAUUGAUUGAAUCAACGGUAAUUAAACUUGCUUUAACCUGUCAUAGUGUGGUGGCUUACAAAAUGUGAAGACAUAUCAUUAUGAAUUAUACAGUUUACACACCAUGGACACUGGAGGAUCAUCGCUAUACAAGGGGUCUGACCUUGUUCGUGAAAUAUUUUUUAAAUAUACAUGUAUGCUGAUCUUCUCUUUAAGUGCUAGUUUAUGAUCAUGACAGAUAAGUUUAUUGAUUAAAUCCAUGGUAAUUUAUCUCCGCUGGCUUUCGAGAUCAAUGGCUUAUUUAACAUGUCAAAGUUGUGUCGGUUUACGAAAGAUAAAGAGCUGAUAAUAAUAUUGAAAUCUUCAGUUUACACACCAUGGCCAAUGGAGGAGCAUCGCUAAACAAGGGGUCUGAAUUAUCCAUGGUGAAUUAUCUCCGGCUUUCGAAAUCACUGGCUUAUUUAACAUGUCAAAGUUGUGUCGGUUUACAAAAGGUAAAGAACUGAAUAUACAUUGUUACAGUUAUACAGUUUUCACACCAUGGCCACCGGAGGAUCAUCGCUAUACAAGGAGUCUGACCUUGUUCAUGACUACGGUUGUUCCAAGUGUGAGGAACAUGACAUUAACACUUAUGCGCAACACUUCUGUACAGAGUGUGAACACUAUCUGUGUGACAAAUGUGUGAAGCUACAUAAUGGAUAUCAUAAAACACAUACCGUGUAUGGACGUGGUGACAUUCAGAAGUGGGCGGGGUACGCCAUGGCCAUGUGCGACCAACAUGGCAACAAGCUGGAAGUCCAUUGCGAUGACCACCAGGAUUUGUGCUGCCACGUUUGUGUAGCACUCAACCACAGGCUAUGUAGCAGCAUCAGUCACCUGCCUGACCUGGCCAGAAACUUCCUAAAAACAGCAGAGUUCAAGCAACUGCCAGCAGCAGUUGACAUGAUGAGGAACAGGCUGGAUGAGCGCAUAAAAACAAGGAUGAAAUAUCAAGCCUCACUGAAUGACACGUACAAGGACAUAUUGGCUGAAAUCAGGGCUCUUCGCAAAGAGAUGAACAAGAUUUUGGACCAGCUUGAAAAAAAGACAGUUAAACAGUUGGAUAGCAUGAUCACUUGUUUAGAAACAAAUAUAAAAGUAGAUAUAGACGCUUGUACCCAUAUGCAUGACCAACUGAAGACCAUGAUAGAAAAAUGCCAGCAAAUGACAGGCAAACAUAAGGAGACAAAUUCUUACAUUGGCUACAGAAAAUGUCAGUACAAGCUGGCAAUAGCAGAGGAUCAAGUGCAUAGAAUGCAGUGUAAGCCUGCACAAAGAAUCUGUUUUGAGCCUAACAUCAGUUUACAACCGUUUCUCAGUAACUUACAUGUGUUUGGGACCAUACAAAAAAUUGAAAUAAUACAAGCGUUCAAUGUUCUAGCAUUAAAGCAUUAUCAUGUAGGUAUAGAAACAGAUACCUUUAGCCCCUCUAUUGUAGGUAUAUGUGAGUUGCCCAGCGGGGGCCUUCUUAUUGCUGACAAUAACAACUACAGCGUGAAACAUUUGAAUAGCGAAUAUGUCGUCACUGCUAGCUGUGAUUUUCCUGCUCCUCCAGAACAUUUGUGUCGCAUAUCUGGAAAUGAAGUAGCUGUAGUAGUUAGUGAUUCCAAUCGGCAUGAAGUCCACUUCAUCCACAUAACCAGAGGAAAGCUACAGCGAGUGAGAAAAUUCACAACAAACCACCGAUGUGUCUGCAUUGCCCAUGACCAGGGUCAGUUGUAUGUGAGCUCAUGGAAUAUCCUGUAUCAGUAUAACAUGAAUGGCAAGAUAAUCAGAAAUAUUUAUGAAGACAAGUCUAUUGGUUUGACCGUUAGAAGGUUUGUUGUUAGCCCUGAUGGGGAGAGAAUAUAUGUUACAAGUUACAAUGAACAUAAAUUGAUAACACUUGAUAAGACUGGAAACGUGCUAUCUUCCUUAGAAGAUACUGAUUUAAAAUAUCCAAGUGGACUAUGUGUCAGUCCCCAUGGCCAUGUUUUUGUGUGUGGGCUGGGUUCUAACACUGUGUUACAGAUGGACAGGGAGGGGACACAGAAGGUGGCCACAUUAGUGAGGAAGGCUGAUGGAGUGUCGAAACCUCAGUCACUGUGCUUCAGUGAGAAAACCUCAAGUCUCCUUGUUGGGAAUGAUCAUAUUACGAGUGUUUGUAUCCAACUAACAAGUGACGUCUGAAAGUGUUGAAAGUUUAUGUGACAUUGAUUCUUUAAGGAUAAUUAUCUUAAAAAGUAUUCGUCUUUGAAUUUAACAGCAAUCGAUAAGAUGAUUAUACCAUUUUGUUGUUGAUUAUGUCAAACAAGUUCAUGUUGUCUAUGACAAAGUACGGUGCAAGACAGGCAAUGUUUUGUUUAAAAUGAAUAAUGAAAUGAUAUGCAUCACUAUUAUAUGUUAAAUACAUAAAUAUAUAUAUUUGACUUUCUUCUAAAUACCCUUUAAA